AUGGGGAAAACCCGUGCAACGCCCUCACGUAAUUCAACAGCAUCCGCACUGGCUGGGGGCUCAUCAAAAUCCGCCCAACGAGGUCGUAUCAAAGGGAUCACAAAGGGAAACGAAUCCACUCAGGAGAUCAGUCCACAAAUUGAUGUAAAACCUCCUACGCAGUAUUUUAAAUACACGAACGAAGAAUGUUUGAAAAGAUAUAGUACCUUGACGUCAGUUGAACAGUUCGACACAUCUUAUCCCGGCAACUUAAAGGAAAAACUUAUUCGAGGCGCUUUGAAAGCCAAUAGAGGAUCUCUGCCAUGUUUUCUCUGUCAAAAAUUCCUCUCCACAUCACUUGGUCUCGCAUUGCAUAUCAGGAAAUGUCGCGCACAAGCGUCUGAUUCUCAACAAGAUGAAGAUUCUCCUUCCAAACCUCGCCUGCAACUGAAGAAGCAAACACAUGCAUCAGAAGUGGAAAUUAGUUCGCUAGAACAGUUAAAGGAGGAACCCUCCUUAUGGCUUCGAAUAGAUGAUAUUAAAAAGCUAGAUGUUUUAAAACGUCUUUUCACAAAUGAAAGGAAGAUUGAAUGCUUUGCGAUUCCUAAGGAAGGUCGAAAAUGUCCGAUUCUCACUAGUUACGAGGCUGCUAUAAAACAUUUGGAUUCUUGCGUCCUACCCAUGUAUCUUACGUUCAUUGGAGAGCGGGCAUCAUUAUUUCGGAAGUUGGACACAAAACUGCAAACUCGUUACAUUCGAGAAGCUAUGAAUUUGAAAUUGGAGUUGCCUUGCCUUGUAUGUGGGCGAAUGUUCGCUCAUCACUACGGCCUCCGUUAUCACGUGGAAAGGUGCAAUGUCCCAGAAGAAGUAGGCAUAGCAUUCGGUUGA